CUGGCUACCUAUGUCUGGAUACAAUGCAGCGAUUGUGGCGCGCUCUGAAAACACGUGGCGCCACCUUUUACGCUUCAUUCACGCUGGUGGACUGACGAUCUUCGUCGCGAGUACCAGAAAACAGGUGAAAAUGAAGAUAAUCAUCCAGUGCCAGGAGAGUCACGCCGUUGAUGUGACCGGCGACGAGACAGUGGCCUUCCUGAAGAACUACCUUCACACAGCUGAGGGUAUUGUGCCAGAGGAUCAGCGGCUAUAUGCUGAGGGAGGCAAGCCACUGAACGAUGCGGACCUGUUGUCUGCCUGCCUGACAGAUGGCGCCCUUGUCAAUGCUGUUGUACCUUUGGUCGGAGGCAAGGUCCACGGCUCCCUGGCCCGUGCCGGAAAGGUCAAGGGACAGACACCAAAGGUGGAGAAGCAGGAGAAGAAAAAGAAGAAGACUGGCCGUGCCAAGAGGCGCAUCCAGUACAACAGGCGCUUUGUAAACGCUGUGGCCACCUUUGGACGCAGGAGGGGACCCAAUGCCAACCAGGCUUCAUAGGCUAUGCGCAGCGCAACUGCUGUAAAAUAAAACCGUUCUUACCCAAAA